AAUGAAAAUCUUUUCUGAGUCUCAUAAGACUGUUUUCGUUGUGGAUCACUGCCCAUAUAUGGCAGAAUCCUGCAGACAACAUGUUGAGUUUGAUAUGUUAGUGAAGAACCGGACCCAAGGAAUUAUACCCAUAGCACCCAUAUCAAAGUCCCUGUGGACCUGUUCAGUGGAAUCAUCCAUGGAGUACUGCAGAAUAAUGUAUGAUAUUUUCCCUUUCAAGAAACUGGUGAAUUUCAUUGUGAGUGAUUCUGGGGCUCAUGUCUUGAAUUCUUGGACUCAAGAAGAUCAGAACUUGCAGGAGUUGAUGGCAGCAUUAGCAGCUGUUGGGCCGCCUAAUCCUCGGGCAGAUCCCGAGUGCUGCAGCAUACUUCAUGGUCUGGUGGCAGCAGUUGAAGCCCUCUGCAAAAUAACAGAAUACCAGCAUGAGGCUAGAACCAUGCUCAUGGAGAAUGCAGAACGUGUUGGAAACAGAGGAAGAAUAAUCUGUAUUACUAAUGCAAAAAGUGACAGUCACGUUCGGAUGCUUGAGGAUUGUGUUCAGGAAACCAUUCAUGAGCAUAACAAGCUUGCAGCUAAUUCCGAUCAUUUAAUGCAGAUUCAGAAAUGCGAAUUGGUCUUAAUCCACACUUAUCCAGUUGGUGAAGAAAGCCUUGUUUCAGAUCGUCCUAAAAAAGAGCUUUCACCGGUUUUAACCAGUGAAGUGCACAGUGUCCGUGCGGGGCGGCAUCUGGCUACAAAACUGAAUGUUCUAGUACAACAGCACUUUGAUCUGGCUUCAACCACCAUAACUAACAUUCCUAUGAAGCCCACAUUCAAUGUCUGUGACCAGGAAGAACAACAUGCUAACACAUCAGCAAACUACGAUGUGGAGCUUCUUCAUCACAAAGAGGCACACGUUGACUUCUUAAAGAGUG